AUGCAGGUCGACGGUCGCUUUUCGUGGAUGCAGAGGCAGGUCUGGCUGGUGACCUUUGACGAUGUGACAGCGGAGAUCGUUCCCUUCUGCGACCGGGAGACUGCUCGCGGCGGCGUGAUGUGGACCGAUCGCGGCGAUCUCUUCGUUUCUCUCUUUCGGGCGAGCGAGACCUGCUUCGAUGUCUUCGCCGACUCCUUUCUCUGGGUUUUGAUCGGUGUUCGCGGCGGUCGGGACUUGGGGACCGUCGAGACGGGCGUGCGGUCCUAUCAAGACUUCGGCUCCUCAAUCGCUUCGAGGAUGGAGACGCGGCGCCGUCGCCUCGAUGUGCUCCUCGACUACGAUCUCGCGGGUGCUUGGGUCGGGAUUCGCGCCGCGAGUCCCCAGUGCCCCUGCCACGAGAUCGAUCACGAGAGCCUUCCCUGUACUUGUCGCGACGGGAAGGCGACGGCGAUGCUCGGCGAGGUCGCUCUCUGCUACGUUCGCGUGUUCUGGGGUGGCUUCGGCCGGAAGGCUGCGACUUGUCGGGAGGGGGGUCGCGCGGUUUGCUGUCUGGCAAUCUGUCUGAUUCUCUCGGUCGACGUGGUGGAGGCGAAGGAGAUCUGCGGGAGCGUGUCACUUCUCGACCAGCUCUGCCUCGGUCUCUGCGCUCAUCGCCUGGUCUGCGGUCGUCUCUCAUGGCGACAUGUCGAGGGCGGUUGCGGUGGUAGGACUCCAUCGCUUACAGCCGAUACGAUUUGA